AGCUUCCAAGAUUCUAUCCGGCACGGUGUUGAUAUUGUUUUGUGCCAUUGCCCCUUGCUCACAUCACAUCCCUUUGUUAAGCACCUCUCUCGCCGGCCAGCUUCAAGUUUGCAUUGCCUUCAUCGUUGCUGCUGCUGCCUGCUGUUGAAUUCAAGAACCUUGAGCUUCGUUCAUCUGGUUGUGUUGCCGUGUUGGACUGCCUCGUGCCUACGCCGUUGUCCAUGGAGCUGGGCGUGGAGGCGGCGCGAUGGAUGAUCGGCAAGGCGUUGGGCCCUGUCUCGGGCGGGGUGCUGGAGGCGUGGGCGGCCAGCACGGAGCUGGGUGGCAACAUCGAGGCUCUCAGGAUGGAGCUGCUGUACGCAGAGGGCAUGCUCAACAACGCCCGUGGCCACGGCCAUGGCCCGGGGAUCAAGAACCCGGCGCUGUCGGAGCUGCUGCACAAGCUACGGGAGUUGGCGUACAGGGCCGACGACGCGCUGGAUGAGGUCGACUACUUCCGCAUCCAGGACGAGCUUGACGGCACCUACCACGCGGCGGAGGAGCAUGACGGGGGUUGCCUUCGCACCCACGCCCUCAAUGCUCGCCACGCCGCUAGAGCCAUUGCAAAUAUGCUUGGCUUCUCCAAGUGCUCCUCCGCCUGCUUUGCUAAUAUUGCUAGCCAUGGCAAGCCACAUGAAGAUACAGCAAGCACAAAGAGAGUCCCCCCAUGUGGUGGACACUGGCCAUGUACCGGUGGUGUCAAAGCUUCUGAGGAUGAUGACGACGGGGAAGAAGAAAGUAAAAUAAAAAAAUUUCUUUUUGAAAGUAACGACGAGGAAGAAAGUAAAAUAAAAAAACUUUUUGAAAGUAACGACGAGGAAGAAGACGAAGAAGAUCCAAAGCAAGGAGGAGUUUGCUGGCCAUGUCCAACUGACCAACUGGUGAACAACGGCUGCAUGAGCAGGAUCACCUCUGCUGCCAGUAGCACCAUCCACACUGUUGGUAAACACCUUCCACUCCCAUGCUACUCAUCGGUUUCUUCUGGCCAAAAUGCUGCAAACUCCAAUGCUACAUCCACUGGGCGUCGAUUCCUCUGUUGUGCCCGAGCCAACAAUAAGGCGCCACAGAGAGAGCGCGCCUUACAAACAUCAGAGUUGAAGUUUGAUAGGGUUGAGAUGUCUCGAAAGAUGAAGGAUAUUACAGAGCAGUUAAAGCCUCUUUGUGCCAAGGUGUCCACAAUUCUUAAUCUAGAGUUGCUGGCAGCCAACCUAAACAGUAAUAAUAGCCAGUACAUGGCUACGGGUCGGCCCAUAACCACCUCAGAGUCUAUAGAGCCUAAAAUUUUUGGUAGGGACGAAGUGACAAGUAAGGUCAUCAAUGACAUUACAACUGGAGAAUACAGUCAUAAGAACCUAACAGUACUUCCAAUUGUUGGUCCCGGAGGCAUAGGGAAGACGACUUUCACACAACACAUAUAUAAGAAACUACAUGAUCAUUUUGAGGUGAAACUGUGGGUAUGUGUAUCUGUCAAUUUCAGUGCGUCAAGACUGACACAAGAGGUUGCAGAUAAAAUCAAAAAGGAAGGAAAUGCUAGUCCAGAAAGCCGGAUUGAAGAAGGAAUAAAAUCUAAAAGGUUUUUGCUUGUCUUGGAUGAUAUGUGGAGUUGUAGUAAUGAGGAUGAGUGGAAAAGGUUCCUAGUACCCUUUGACAAAGGACAAAAAGAAGGCAGUGUUAUUCUAGUCACAACUCGAUUUCCUGCACUAGCACAAAUGGUUAAAACAACUCAUAAUCCGAUGAUGGAACUGAAGGGUAUAGACGAGGAAGAAUUUGAGAAGUUAUUCCUUGCAUAUGUGUUUGGCAACAAUGGACCAACACAGGAUCAAAGUAAAUUACUUGACAGUGGACGUGAGAUAAUUAAAAAACUAAAGGGCUCACCACUUGCUGCAAAAACUGUUGGAAGAUUGCUGAGAAACCACCUUGAUUUGGGUCAUUGGACAAGAGUUUUAGAAAGCAGAGAAUGGGAAUCACAGAGUGGAGACCAUGACAUUAUGCCUGCACUGAAGCUUAGCUUUGACUAUCUCCCUUUUCAUCUGCAACAAUGUUUUACCUAUUGUUCAUUGUUUCCAGAAGAUUACAAAUUCAGUGAAGAAGAGAUAAUUCACUUCUGGAUUGGACUAGAUGUUUUGCAUUCACGUGGUGAAAAUAAAAAAGCUGAAGAUAUAGGACUAAGCUAUUUGAUAGAGUUGAUUAAUCAUGGAUUUUUUAAAAAGGAAGAAUAUGAUGAUGGACUCACUUAUUAUGUUAUUCAUGAUCUAAUGCACGAAUUAGGGCUAAAGGUUUCAGCAGAUGAAUGUCUUAGCCUAUAUAGUUCAAAUGUGAGAUCGAUACAAAUCCGACCAUCGAUCCGCCACUUGUCCAUCAACAUAGAUGACUCAAGUGUCAAUGAUAGAAAGGCUUUUGAUACUUGUAAAGAAGAUUUUAGUAUGCUCGGAGAAAGAUUAAGAGUUGAGAACCUGCACUCAUUGAUGUUAUUUGGAAAAUGCCAAGGUAGCUUUGCAAAGACUCUACAUGGUUUGUUUAGUAAAGCAAAAUCCCUUCGUGUUAUUUUGAUAUCUGGAGGAUUCUAUAGCAUGGAAGAUUUAUUGCACAGCUUUCCGGAACUCAUCCAUCUUCGGUAUCUUCGGGUGCAUGACAAUUGGUUGUAUGGAGAAAGCAAUAAACUGGUAGCCUCCAGCAGUGUUUCAAGAUUUUAUCACAUGAGGGUCCUAGACCUGCGAGGAUGCCAAGACAGCCACAAUUUAAAAGGAAAUAUGACUAAGCUUGUAAAACUUCGUCAUUUUCCUGGUGGAGUGCACUCAUGGAUUGCGGAGGUGGGGAAACUGAAGUCACUACAAGAGCUAACAAGAUUUGAGGUUAGAAGAGAAAGCCACGGAUUUGAAUUGAGCCAGAUAGGACAUCUGCUAGAGCUUUGCGGAUCGUUGAGCAUUGAUAAUCUUGAAAAUGUUGAAGGAAGGGAUGGAGCAGAUGAAGCAAAGUUAAUGCACAAGAAAAACUUGAACGAGCUAAUAUUAAAUUGGAAGAAAGGAAUGUCUAACAAGGAUCCUCAGCGUGAAGAACAAGUCCUUGAAGGUCUCAAGCCACAUAGCAAUCUUCAGAAACUAAGUAUUAGAGGGCAUGGAGGUGGUACUUGUCCUUCUUGGCUAGGUCCGAACCUGUCGGUUCACAGUCUGGAAUCUCUUAGUCUAGAUAGCGUGGACUGGAAAACAUUUCCACCUAUAGGUGAUGAGUUUCAGCUAGUUAAUAUGGGCGAUGAAGGAAAACUGGGUAAUAGCCGUAGCCAACACUUCAUGAAUUUGAAAAGAAUAGAGCUUGCUGGUUUAAAAAGGCUGGAAAGAUGGGUUGUUGGUGGCAGUGGUGAAUUGUUAUCCCAUUUAGAAGUACUCAUCAUUAAAUUUUGCCCUGAACUCGUUGAGUUGGCAUUUUCAGACAGCAAACAAGAUCGAAAAGCAUGGCCUCUAAAUCUACGAGAGCUCGUGAUCAAGUAUUGCCCAAAGAUGUCAUCCAUGCCUCCUGUUCCUUGGAGAAGCACUCCGUGCUCUGUUGAGAUAUCACAAGUUGGUUUAGGCUUUGGGUUAAGAUACGGAAAGUUUUAUUUUGGAUCUACAACAUUAGCCUUGGAAAUUGUCAAUCUAGAUAGUAGUGCGCCGUUUUGGAGGAUCUUGGACUUUAAUAACCUAAAAGAAGUAAAGGAAUUCAGGAUUGAGGCACGCCAUGCCUUUGAUGGGAGACUCUGGAUGAAGCCUCGUGGUACCAGUGGGAAGGAACUGACACAAGUUCUCUCUUACAUGCCGAAGCUCUCAGGUUUGAGUAUUGAGGGAUGUGAGAAGAUAACAGGGUUAGGUGUGGUGGAGCAGCAGGAGGCGGUGACGGCAUGUUACUCUAGCAGGAGUAGAGAAGAAGAGGAGGAAAUAGAAGCAGCAGAGGAGGGGUUGCUGCUCUUGCCUCUCAAACUACAAAAGUUACGGAUUCAGGAUUGUCCAGAGCUAAGCCUCCGGCCCCUCCACUCUGGGCUUCAGACUCUGUGCUCCCUCAGUUCCUUGACGAUUUUUAUGUGCCCCAAGUUUUUCAGCUGCUAUAUAGAUAAAGCCUCGUCGUCCUCUUCUAGUUUCCCAUUGUUCCCAACCUCCCUGCAAUCCCUCUUCCUUUAUGGAAUGGAUCUAAGAGGCGUGAGCUUGGGGCCUCACGGCUGCUUGCAGAAAUUAACCGUCGUAAAAACCACCAAUUCCUUCUUCAGUGGUCCCGAAUCGUCAAUCCUUUCUUCCUCCAUACAUUUGUCUUCGCUGGAGACAGAUGACGUCGCAGGAGCCCUUGCUGCACCCAUCUGCAGAUUCCUCUCUUCCUCCCUCACCAAGCUAUUCCUUCGUAAGAACGAGGAGAUGGAGUGCUUCACGGAGGAGCAGGACCAGGCCCUGCAGCUCCUAACCUCCCUACAACACCUCAAAUUCGAUCAUUGCGAGAAGCUGCAGAGCCUCCCGGCGGGGCUGCAUAGAUUGACAAGCCUCGAGACAUUAGAGAUCGAGUUCUGUCCAUCCAUCCGCUUGCGGUUGCUGCCCAAGAACGCCCUCCCUAAUUCCCUUCAAAAGUUGACUAUUUCCUUCAACUCAGCAAUCCGCACGCUACCCAAGGACGGCCUCCCUGAUUCCUUGCAAGAAUUACACAUCCAGUACUGUCCAUCCAUCCGGGCGCUACCCAAGGGCGGCCUCCCAACUUCACUGAAGCUCCUAGAAGUCAGCGGUGGCAGCGAGGACCUAAAAAGGCAGUGCAGCAACCUGGUAGGAACCGUUCCAAUAGUCAAGCUUGACUAAUCAAGUCCUAGUCAAUCUCUUCCUGUUUGCUUCGACACAACCACUGCUUCAAGUAAUCCACUUGUGUUGUUUACCUACUCUACAGGUCGGUCUAUUGUUCCAAAUGUACAUUCUUCUAACCUCAUAGGAUUCUACUACCAACAUCUUCUCUCUGCAAGUGCCUUCCACUCCGUACAAAAAUUGGUCCUGUUCCAAAUGUACAAUCUUCUAACCUCAUAUAGGACUCCCUUUCUAUUGCUUCAUACUUCUGCUGCUGUCAAGUACCAACAUCUUCUCUCUGUACGUGCCCUCCACGCCAUACAUAAAUUGGUUUGGGUUUCCGUUACAAUGAUCGUGCCAUGACUGAAUGUGCAUACUUUACUUUAUGUUAUCAACUGCAUUUCUCCUCCACCUUGUAACUGGUCCAAGUAGAGCAUGCUGUAUUCCUGAUACUAGUAAAGGAUCAGAGCUGAUAUGAUCGUCAUAGUGUCAACCUUAUCUUGUUAUUCCUUGUAGGAAUCUCUCUAUAUCACCGACGAUUUUGUGUUGUCUGGCACAAGCAUCUCAACAUGUAUCUCCGACAUUGUGAAUAAAACUGAUACUCUAGUGAUCCCAGGUGGCUGUAUUGACUGGAUGUGAAUGUAAUCGUCUUUAUUUCAAUAAAAUAUUCCCUUAAAAAUGAGUUUACAAUAUCUUCUCAACUCGUAGACCUUUCUUGAACUACUUGGUUAUUUCCUUGAGGAUGGAUGUGUUCUGCUCAUAUGUCAACAUGGUUAACUAAUGGGGCAUUAUUUAGCAUAUAUUGUUUUAUGGGUCAUCUCAUCAGAAGACACGUGUUGGCACAGGACACAUAACCUAUAUAAUUUUAUUCUUUCGUUCCAAGUCUUCAAUUGUUCCUGGGUGGCUGGAUCCCUUCUUAUCCUAGAUGAAUUGGCAGCAUGUUCUGUACAUAAAUUGGUUUGAGUUUCCAUUAAAAUGAUCACGCCAUUACUGAAUGUGCAUAGUUUACUUUAUCUUCUCAACUGCAUUUCUCUUCAACCUUGUAACUGGUCCAAGUAGAGCAUGAUUCCUGGUACUGACUGGUAAAGGGUCAGAGCUGAUAUGAGCAUCAUAAUGUCAACCUUGUUUUUGUGCUACUUUUACCUUUUCUGAUAUCUAAAACAGAAGUUACCAUUCUUUUCUUAUAACUGUUUGUCACUGCUACUUACAGGUUUGAGUUUCCAUUAAAAUGAUGCAUAGUUUACUUUAUCUUCUCAACUGCAUUUCUCUUCAACCUUGUAACUGGUCCAAGUAGAGCAUGAUUCGUGGUACUGACUGGUAAAGGGUCAGAGCUGAUAUGAGCAUCAUAAUGUCAACCUUAUCAUGUUUCUCAUAACUCUUCUUCGACUUGUACAUUCUUGUAGCCUUGUAGGAAGCUCUCCGGCGUUGUAAAUAAAACUGAUACCGUAGUGAUCCCAAGGUGGCUGCAUCGACUGGAUGUAAAUGUCAUUGUCUUCAUUUCAAUAAAAUAUACCCUAAAAAUGAGUUCAGAAUAUCUUCUGCGCUCGUAGAGCUUUCUUGAAUUACUUGCCUGUUGCCUUGAGGAUAGAUAUGUUCUUCGUUGAUGGUGAAGUAUAUUCCGCUUUUCUGUCAACAUGAUUGACUAAUGGAGCAUAAUUGAUGUAGCUGAUAUUGUUUUGCGGGUCAUCUCAACAGAAGACGUGUGGGCUCAGAUAAACUAUAUAAUGUUGAGUCCUCUGUUCCAAGUCUUCAACUGUUCCUGUGUGGCUGGAUUCUUUCUUAUUCUAGAUGAAUUGGCAGCAUCCUCUGUAUUCACCCUUGGUCCCUACGAUCUACCUGCCGAUCAGAAGCUGUUAUCCAUCUGCACAAGCAACCAUCUUGAGCAGCUCUGAACCAAAUGCUCCUUCAAAUUGCUAUCAAAUUGCUAUCAUCUAGUUCAUUGGAGUUGCCGCAUGCAUUUGCUAUGCUGUUGUGCAUGGCACGAUUAUAGACAGUCGUGACUUGGAUAUGAGAGAUUUUUGUCAAGUCUUGCCAAGAUCACGAUCAUCUUCAGAAAAAAUCUACUUUGCUCGCUUGCAUGAAGCAACGAAGUCGGGCAAGGUCCCUUGCAAGAAAUCUCGUUUACAAGGAUGCAAGGAUGAAAGCAUGCUCAAAUGCAUAUGAUGUUCUCCUGUAUGAAUGUCCUCCAAUCUCCAGACAAUUUUGUGAGAGCAAACAAAGAAACUGACAGUUGUUGAUGUAUGAGGACAGCAGAUUAUGUUCCUUGUAAUGUAGUUCUGGGAGAUUAUGCGACAUGUUUCAGAAUGUAUUUUGGCAACCUUUUUUUUUCUGGUAUGCAACAUAACGUUCAUGUUCUAGUACGAUGAGUUGUUGACCUCAGGCAAAGGAAACUGAAAGACGCAAAGCUAAAGAAUUUGUCAUUCACAGUCGCAAUUCAUAAGUAAUCUGCGUGUCACCUUUACUGAUAACAAUUAACAAGAGACAUCUUGGCCAAAUGGCAUGCA